UAAUCUGCUUGCUACUGAGGAUGGUAAUCUCCAUCUCGACCUUGGACACAUUUUCAAGUAAGACGUUACGACAGCGUGCAUUGCUGUGAUGAAGCCAGAAUCAGGAGACGGUUUUAGAGGUGGACGAGGUAGAGGAGGCCAAAGACAUAGUUUUGGUGGUGAAAAAAGCAUAGGUGAUGGAAAUCGAGGUGGCGGGAGAGGUGGGCGUUUCAGCGAAAGAGGCGGCUUUCGAGGUGGUCGUGGAGGCGACUUCGGUGGACGUGGAAGAGGGAGAGGUGACUUUGGUGGUCGAGGUCGUGGGGGUUUCAACAGAGGCACACCACGAGGAAGAGGUGGACGUGGAGGAAUGAGAGGAGGGAAAAAAGUGAUGAUAGAACCCCACAGACAUGAAGGUAUUUUCGUUGCCAAAGGCAAAGAGGACUGCCUGGUAACGAGGAACGUAGUCGUUGGUGAGUCGGUAUACGGUGAGAAGCGGAUCAGUGUCGAAGACGACGCCGGUGGCAAAAUUGAAUACAGAGUGUGGAAUCCUUUCCGGUCAAAAUUGGCAGCUGGCAUAGUUAAUGGGCUUGAUCAAAUUCAUAUCAAACCAGGAAGUCGUGUUUUGUAUUUGGGAGCUGCUAGUGGAACUACGGUCUCCCAUGUUUCUGAUGUUGUCGGAGCAGAUGGAGUAGUGUAUGCCGUAGAAUUUUCUCAUCGUUCCGGACGCGACCUUUUGAAUGUCGCUAAACAUCGAACAAAUGUGGUUCCAAUCAUAGAAGAUGCUAGACAUCCUCAUAAAUAUAGAAUGCUAGUUGGUAUGGUGGAUUGUAUCUUUGCGGAUGUUGCUCAACCUGACCAGUCAAGAAUAGUAGGAGUUAACGCCGAGUACUACUUGAAAAACGGUGGUCACGCCGUUAUAUCCAUCAAAGCUUCAUGUAUCGACUCAGUUGCUGCUCCUGAGGUGGUGUUUGCAAAGGAAGUCGAUACACUUCGAAAAUUACAAUUUACCCCACGUGAACAGGUUACUCUUGAACCGUUCGAGCGUGGCCAUGCAAUGGUGACUGCCCAAUAUCGGGCACCUAAAAAGGUUAAGACUGAACAGUAAUGACAUUUACUUGGUUUACCUAUGUAAAUAAACUAUUUUAUUGAAGCAUUUCGAAUUGUAUAGUAUAAAAUCACCAACCAUGUAAUAAAGUUGUUAGUGACAUCCACCCUACUUCUCGGCAAAUUUGGCUCUCAGAUACAGAGAAAUAUAUAUGUAAAAAUAAAGAGUGAUCCUGUUUGGGUGAUUCAUCUUUGUUUUUAGACAUUAAGG